CGCGUUUUCUCGCGCCCCAAAAAUGUCCGCCCAGCGACAUGCCACGUUUCAUGGUGGGCCGUGGUGCCCCGGGGGGGCGCGCCUCGUACUCCGGGCUCCCCAAGGCUCGGGAGCACCACAAAGGUGACGGGCCUAAGGCCCGUUCCGCCUAUAGAUGCGGGCGACCGCAUUUGGCGUGCGCCGCGCCAAGAAGAAGCACCACGCCCUCCGGACGGUCACCAAGAACAAUGAGCACGGCAAUGGUCGCCCUGUGGAGGGCUUCGAGGUGGAGUUCGAACAGCUGCUGCGAGAGAUGGCCGAAGGACUUCCUCCUUCAGCGCCAGGUUUGGCACCAGUGCAGGAAAAUCCUGCACCCGACAGACGCUCGCCCGGCUGGAACUCCGAUGAGCCCAACAAGCCGCUGCCGAAGCUCUCCUGCAUGCUGCACCCACAACAACCGUCCAAGGCGGUGUGGGAUGUGCUCAUCUCGGGCCUAAUCAUUUAUUCGGUGUUGGUGGAGCCCUUCCGUUUUUGCUUCCACGUGGAGGUCGAUGUCCCUACCAUGGUGAUUGACAUCCUGGUGGAUCUCUUAUUCGUUUCAGACAUUGUAUCCAUUUUUUUCACUGCUUACUACGAUGAACGGGAGGCUCUAGUCACCGACCGCUGGAUGAUAGCGAGGAGAUAUUUGCUCGGGUUCUUUGUUGUAGAUGUGAUCUCUGUAUUUCCUGGAGAGCUUUUGGUGAUGCUGAUCGAGCCAGAGCUGGCCUCUCAAGCGAGGGUCGUGAAGCUCCUGAGGCUCGUAAGGCUUGGGCGGCUCUUUAAGCUCAAGCGCUUGUUGCUUCUCAUAGAGGAGAAACUUCACAUUACUUUGCAGAUGAUGGAGAUGCUGAAAAUGCUCUUGAAGGUCCUUUUUAUUGUGCACCUUUUGGCCUGCCUCACGUUCCUGGUGGCCACGCCCAUUUGUCCUGAUGGCAUGGGCCCAUGCCGGCCGCGGUCCGAUGAGCUGGAUUUUUGGAGCAAUUGGGUGCGGAUGUUUCAGAUUGAUGAGUUCAACUUGAUGACCAGAUAUUUGAGCAGCUUCCAUUUCAUCACCGCCACAUUGAUGGCGGUGGGCUACGGGGACAUCUACCCGUCCAACUCCUUGGAGCGGAUCAUGUGUAUUGUCUCGCAGAUCACGGGGGCCGUGCUCUUUGGCUUUCUGCUGUCGUGCAUCACAGCAGUGCUUGAGUUCACCAACCCCAGUGAGUUGGAGCACAAGAAGAGGAUGGCUGAGAUCAAGAACUGGUUGCGUGGCCGAAGCCUUCCCCAGAACCUGAAGAUGCAGGUGUGGUCGCACUUCUGCUUCGUCACCUCUCGAAGGGCCCUCAAGGACCGAGAUCAGACGCUGCUCUCCUUGCCGACUCACCUUCGGAGUCAGCUGGUCGAGAGCUCGCAGAGGCUCUACUUCCAAGCCCUACAGGCGGCGCUGGGCGUCUCGGAGAAGAGCUUCGUGGCGGAGCUGGUCUUUCAGGUGGCACCGAUGCAGGUGCCCUUCCGGAUGUGCAUCAUCGAGGCGGGUGAAGUGACCACUGAGAUCUACAUCAUCAGUAGUGGGCGCUUGGAAGCGGUGAUGAUGGAGGAGGACCGUGCUGACGAACAGCUCCAGGCUUUCUUGGAGAUUUGUGCCGACCGGAGGAGUCCUGGAGAGGAGCCGCUCCCAGAGGAGACGCCUGCGACCCUGGACACGGAGGAGAUGGAGGUGGAUCGGAGCCAGCGCGUCGCACGGCUGAAGAUGUCCAAAUCGAGGUCUGGCUUGUUUCAGGCAAAGCCUAUUUCUUGGCUGGCCGAGGGAGUGGGCAUCACCAGCCGUGCCAUCUCGGCGGAUGAUAGCAACGAGAUCCUGUGUGGCAUCUACGAAGACAUGGAGGCCGUCGGCCACAGCGCAGUAAGCCCUGUGCGGUUUCAAGGUGGCAGCUACAACUCGGAGGUCUUUUCCAUCAACCAGGAUGCCUUGGAGCGCACCUUGGCCAACCAUCCCAACCUGCAGGACUUUGAGGCUCGCGUUCGGGUGGCCGCCAAGGAGCUGGCGCGCGCGAUCCUCUCGGCCGAAUGGGCCCCUCAGGGCUCCUCAUCCAUCGCGGGUCAAACCCAUCGACGACUGAAGGGCCUCAUUGUCUACCGGGGGAAGGCGACGGACGUGCGGCAGCUGCCAGCCGAGGCCUUCGAUGAAGUGGACGAAGCGGGCUUGCUGCAGGCAACCAUCGAGAAAACCCCCCGCGUGGCCUGCAAGCGCCGCGACAAGAAUGGCCGGGUGGUGACGGAGACGGAACAGACCCAGGACAUCUGGAAGAGGUGGGUGAUUCCUGCCAACGACUCCCGGAAGAUCUGGUGGGAUCUCUUCAUCGGCGCGCUGAUCGUUUAUUCGGUCAUUGCUAUCACCUACUCGGUGUCCUUCACCGCGCCGCCGGCUCCCUUCUUUGUGGCCGUCGACGUCAUGGUUGACUGCUUCUUUGCCGUGGACAUGGUCCUGAGCUUCCGGACGGCCUUUUUGGACCCGAAUGGCUUGCUGAACACGGUGCCCUCGGAGAUUGCCAGGCACUAUUUGAAGACCUACUUCCUGGUGGACUUCCUCUCCACGGCGCCCAUUGAUCGGGUGGUGGAGGCGGUUGCCACGGAGGCGUCCAACAGCAGCGUGCUGCGGACGCUGAAGCUCACGCGCUUCGCGCGGCUCUUCCGCUUGAUGAAGUUGGCCAGGAUGCUGAAGCUCUUCAAACUCGUUGAGUCAGCUGAGUCCUCCGUGGAGGUGUCUCCACUCAUCCUGCGGCUCAUGGUCUUGUUCAUGAACGUUUGCUUUCUGGCACAUGUGGUGGCCUGUGCCUGGCAUUGGCUCACCACCUUGCCCAGUAUGGAUGAUGCCUGCGCCUCCGGCCUCCUGUUCUGCUACGGCGAGACGUCCUCGGAGACCUGGCUCGCGGCCCCCGGGGGAUGGUAUGAUGUGACUGACGACUUCAAGAAGUAUGUGGCCGCGAUAUAUUGGGUCUUCACCACCAUGACGACUGUGGGAUAUGGCGACUUCUUUCCCAUGAACAACUGGGAGCGCGCCUUCGCCGUGGUGGUGAUGAUCAUCGGCGCCACGGUGUUCGGCUAUAUCGUCGGUUCGGUGGCGGAAAUGGCGAGCAACACACGGCAGAAGCCGUCGGCGCAGCAUAUCUUCACGAUGCGCCAAUACUGCGAGGAGCAUGGCUUCCACCAAAAGGUCAUCCAGUCGAUUCGGCGGCACUACGAUUUCUGGUUCCAGGAGAUGUCGCACUUUGAGUAUGAGGCCGAGAUCUUGCAGCGGCUCCCCACGCCUUUGCGCAAGGAGGUGGUUCUACACAUCCACAGGCAUAUACUGAACAGCAAGCUCUUGCUCUUCAAAGUGCCCCUGCCUUCAUGGUUCCAGGCCGUCCUUCUGAGACUUCUGGAGCCGCAGGCCUUUGCGCCCUUCGAGCUUGUGCUCCAGUCUGCGGAGGUCACUGUGUCCUCGGACCUGAUCUUCGUCUACGACCACUCCUGCGAGGCCUUCGUGCACAGUGGCGGUCGAGCCAUGUCGCAUCAGCCCGUGCGCCGCCGGCGCCGGAAAAAGGAGGUGAGGGUACCAUAUGUGGAUGAAGCCUAUACCGUACUGGAGACCUAUGCUCCGGGCGCAAUGCUGGGCUUCGAGCAGCUAUUGGGGGAGGAAGCGUUGCAGUCCUUUGGGUGUCCAUCCGAUUGCGCCGUGAGAGCCUCUUCCAGUGGCUGCAACACCUUCGCGCUGAAGAUCUCAGCCAUGCUGGAUGCGGUCAGGGGGAUGCCUGGUGUGGACGGGAUGUUCUUGGAGCUCAUCAUGUCCUGCAUCUUGACAGAGGGCAAACGCCGAGUCAAGGAGCGUGGAACCAACGAGUUCUACCAGAAGAUAGAGGCCUUCCGCGCGGCGAAGCAGAGCUAUCAGGCCAUGAUGCCUUUGGGCCUCCGGGUGGCCGCCUAUGCGCCCUCCGAGGCUGGGAGUGCAUCUCUGUCUCCAAUGAGAACAGGGACCGAGCGAAGCCCCGGCUCCGUGGUCUCGGUGCCGCUGCCGACCGAGGAGGUGCCGACUUUAGAGGUGCCCAACUUUCGAGAAGGCGCGCGCAACUGGGAUCCUGGAGGAGAUCGAGGUGAGGCAAAGCCGCCAGCACCUGGGGAAGGUGAUGAAAUGCCACCAGAACCCAGAGAAGGUGAGGCAAUGCCGCCAGCACCUGGGGAAGGUGAUGAAAUGCCACCAGAACCCAGAGAAGGUGAGCUAGAGCCGCCAAUGCCUGGGCAAGGUGACCAAAUGCCACCCGAACCCAGGGAAGGUGAGGCAAAGCCACCAGCGCCUGGAGAAGGCGAGACGAUGCUGUCAGCGUUUGGGGAAGGCCUACUGACGUCUACCACGCCGCCUGACAGUGGCUCGCCCCCCGAGCUACAUGGCUUGGGCCCGGUGACUGAGGCUGCUCCUCGCAAAUCUCAGGAAUCCGCGAUCAGCUUGCAGUGAAGGCCCCGGGCAGCUCCACUGCUUUCCGGUGGCCUGUAGCAUAGAAGACGACGUGUCUGAAGACCAAGUGCGGCAGAAGCCUCGGCGCGUGCCAGAAAGAAGAGUGGUGA